UGAUGCCUACACGACAAAAUUUAUACUAGUUCAGGAGGGCGUCGCAUGAGCGUUCCCGUCAGGUUUUGUCAACGCGUUGAAUUAAGUGUGGGUGAGGAAAACGGGAUAGUCAUCGGGACCAAGAUCGUGGAGCAUGUAGAUGUGCUUUGACGUCGGGUGCGAUAAAGGGCGGGGACUAGAGUUAGACUAGAACGAUACUUAGAAUUUCAUGUUAUGGACCGGCAUGGCUUUGAAGUUGAAGAAAGAAGGAGAUGUGGGACACUAUCAGGCGGUGCGUCAGUGCGUCGCCGUAAAGACGAGGAUGGCUGUGAAGAGGACAAUUGUUUUUCUCUUAGAGGCUGUUGCUCAUUGCGUGUUCUAUCAAGGAACGACGACGAGCACGCUUGCGCAGCCUGCUCAGCCCGAGCAUACUUACUCUGAUCAAUUGUCCAAUCUUCGGGGUGACAUGUUCUAGCAAAAGUCGAACAACCGAAAUAAGAAUGCGCACAUUCCAGGAAAGCAGGAGAUGAAAAAGAAAGAAAAAUCGAAUUAGCUCAGAGAUACUAAG